UUCGAUCUCCAGUGCUUCGAAAGCUCGAGUCGAAAGUGUCGAAACCUGAGUAUCGAGCGGCCCACUGAAUACACAGACCGCAAAACUACCGAGUCCACUGAUUCGACAGCAGGAGCUAAAAGCAAUUGAAAUCGACACGAGAGGCGUAUAAUAUAGGCGUGAGAACACCGGCAAAAUCAGAGAAGUGGCUCCAGAAGGGGGCGGCAAUUUACAGGUCUCAUAGAGUCUGAAGCGCUCGGAUCUGUCAGAGUCCUAAAAUUGUCCUGACAGCAGCUGGAAACUUUUCUGUCAUUCUCUGGGUCAAUCAUGGAUAUUGUGAACACGCUAAUACUUACUGCGACCGUCCUGGGUCUACUCUUCAUAUUGUUCCGGAGAGACUCGGCUUGUCGUGGCAAGAUGCCACCUGGUCCGAUUCCGCUACCUCUGAUCGGUAACCUGUUGCAGCUGAACGGCAGUGCUCCUUACGAGAGUCUCCUAAAGCUAAGCGAGAUGUACGGACCCGUGAUGACGGUGCACCUGGGCGGGCUGCGGGUCGUGGUUCUGGUCGGCUACGAGACUGUGCAAGAAGCGCUGAUGCAACACGCUGGCGCGUUCGCCGGUAGACCGAAACUGCCGCUGUUUAAUGCGGUAUCCAACGGAUUGGGGUUGGUCAACUCCAAUGGAGACGGCUGGAGAGAAGUACGCAAGUUUUCACUUACUACUCUGCGGGAUUUUGGUAUGGGAAAGUGCAGCAUUGAAGAAUAUAUAAAAGAAGAGGCUCAACACCUGGUGGAAAAUCUGCGAAAAACUAAAGGUUCACCCUGCGAUCCCACCGUUUUUCUGACUCCAGCUGUGUCAAAUGUUAUCUGCUCCAUCAUGUUUGGAAAACGCUUUGAAUACAAUGAUGCAGAUUUUGCUCACUUACUGGAUAUCGUUAACCAAUUUACAUAUCUGUUCAGCCGCACUUUUGUGCAGAUGUACAACAUUUUUCCAAAACUCAUCAGUUUUGUGCCUGGACCCCUCAAGACUACUUUGGACCUACGUGCUGAAUUUAUGCAAUUCCUUGCUAAAGUUGUUGAGGAACACAGAGAGACACUGUGUGCUGACAGCCCUCGAGAUUAUAUUGACAUGUUCCUCAUCAAAAUGAAGCAGGAAAUUAAUAAUCCUGAGACACCGUUUCACUACUCUAACCUGUUGCAGUCCCUUUUGGAUCUCUUUCUGGCUGCUACAGAGACCACCAGCACCACACUGCAAUUUGCAUUGCUGAUUUUAAUUAAAUAUCCACACAUCCAAGAGAAAGUUCAAAAAGAGAUUGACGAGGUAAUUGGCCAUCAGCGUUCACCUACCAUGGUGGACAGAAGGAAGAUGCCUUAUACGUGUGCAGUUAUGCAUGAAAUCCAGCGGUUGGGUGAUCUGGUCCCAAUGUGUGUCCCACAUGCGACCACUGAAGACACCCACUUCAGAGGCUAUGUGAUCCCAGAGGGUACCAUGGUGAUGCCAUUGCUGCACUCAGUCCUGCAUGACAAGAGACAUUUUAAAUCACCUUAUUCCUUUGAUCCUGGACACUUUCUGGAUGAUAAUGGAUGCUUUAAAAUUAAUCCUGCUUUCCUUCCAUUUUCCACAGGAAAGCGAGUCUGUUUGGGUGAGGGCCUGGCACAGAUGGAGUUUUUCCUGUUCCUCAGCACCUUAUUGCAGAAUUUAUCUGUGAUGGCCACUGUUGAUCCUGCAAAUCUCAGUCUUCUUCCAUGUGCAAGUUCUUUUAUAAAGGUUCCCCAGCAUUAUAAGAUACUGGUCAGUCCCCGUUAACAAAGACACUGAAGUGAACAAAUCAUAACUUUAUAUUCCCUUGUUCUAUACAGCAUUAAAGGUGUUUUCUUAAAAUGCCAGGUCAUGGUAUGAAAAUUGUAUUUGAAUCAACUAGAUGAGAGGCUUAGUACAAGUGUAAAGCGAAAAUCUGUUUUAACAAUUAGAUUCACAUUCUUUAGACAAAGAAGAAUUUGUUUACAUUGAUAAUUCAUCAUUUUUAGUGAUUGUGGUGGUGAUCUGAAUUGUAGGUUACUAGUGUGAGCGCUGAAGUCGAAAUCAACAACGGGAGUCUAAAACCAAUU